AUGGCCGCCUCACCGUUCACCUCCCGGUCUCCCUCGGUGGCAGUGGCUUCACCAAAUGCUCUGAGGCUGAAGGCCAGUGGAGGAACUGCCUCUAAGCCUACGCCUAUGCCAGAUCAAGAGCUCACUGAGCAACUCAAUGCCGAAGUGCGGCAGAAAUACGUAAAAGAUAAGAAAUUAGGAGAAGGUACAUAUGCCGUCGUGUAUCUGGGGCACCUACGAGAAGAUCCAUCAUCCUUUGUCGCCAUCAAAAAGAUCAAAGUCAACGCUGAAUACAAAGAUGGAUUGACUAUGGAUGCGAUCCGGGAGGUCAAAUAUCUACAAGAACUCUCACAUCCUAACGUCAUUGCGCUUCAUGACGUGUUCUCGUCCAAAGAUCAAAAUCUCAGCCUAGUGCUAGAAUUCCUGCCGCGAGGUGACUUGGAAAUGCUUAUCAAGGAUGGGGACAUCCAAUACGGAGCGGCAGAUAUUAAAGCCUGGAUGGGGAUGUUGGCUAGAGGUGUAUGGUUCUGUCAUGAAAACUUUGUGCUCCAUCGAGAUAUCAAACCCAACAAUUUGUUGGUCGCCUCGGAUGGAGAAGUUAAAUUGGCUGAUUUUGGCCUGGCCCGAUCGUUUGCUGAUCCUUAUCUCAACAUGACCCAUCAAGUCAUCACUCGCUGGUAUCGACCCCCCGAGUUGCUCUACGGGGCCCGACAGUAUUCCGGGGCAGUGGACGUGUGGUCCAUGGGCAUGGUGUUUGCCGAAUUAUUGCUCCGGGUCCCCUUCGUUGCUGGCAACACCGACCUGGAUCAAAUCUCUAAGAUCUGUGACGCGUUUGGGACGCCCACCGAAGAGAACUGGCCAGACGUCACCCAAUUACCCAAUUACAUUCCUACGGAUCCCGCUCAUCGGGUGCCUCUGCAGGGCCGGGACUUUUUCCUUCGGCAGUUCCCUACCGCGGGACCGGUGGGUGCCGAUCUUUUAAUGUCGAUGUGCGCAUUGGAUCCUCGUAAACGAAGCACGGCGGUCCAGGUACUCCGCCACAACUGGUGGACAAUGGACCCCCAGCCGACUCGAAAUGAAGAUCUCCCGCGAAAGACAGGGACGAAAAAGAUGGGCGAGGAUUUGAGUCGACGCGGCGGCGAGAUUGAUGAUGGGCCUUUCAAAAAUGCAGCCCGACAGUUAGAUUUUGGGGCCAUGAAAUAA